UCCAUCUUCUUCCCCCGAAGCAGCUCAGCUCAGCUCAGCUCGAUAAGCCCUAGAAACCUAAAACCUCCCAGUUUUCUUCUUCGUCUUCUUCUUACUCUGUUCGAGCAAUUCAAUCUUCAACACCAACAACGGCUGCUGAUUCGUCGCCUCAGAGUCGAGGCCGCAAGGUCUGUUAAGUGAGGUACUUUCAGCAGCGGCUGGAGUUAGUAGAGAUAAGACAAUGGAUUUUGAUGAGUAUGAGUAUCUGGAGAAGACAGUGGAGAACCCGGAAUUGGAGAAAGUGAAAGAGGUUACUAAUGGCAGUGAAGAAAGGGACAGAGACCGACGUCGGAGUUCUAAGCAUAGAAGUGAUGAUAAUGAGCAUGAUGCUGAUCAUUCCUUGAAGCGGUCAAAAUCGUCAGGAGAAAAAUCCCAUGACCAUGAACUGCAUGGCUCUCGUCACCGUUCACGAUCCAGAGAUGGAGAGAGGGAUCGACACAAAAGCAAUCGUGAACAUAGGGACAAGGAGAGGGAGAGGGAGAAAGAUAGGGAUAGGGAGGAGAGAAAUGGGACGGCCAAGGGAAGAAACAGAGACCGAGAUCGGGACGGGGACCGGGACCUGGACCGAAGUUUCAGGGACCGGGAUAGUGAAAGGAGGAGAGGCAGGGAGAAGGAAAGGGAAAGUAGAAGCCGUUCUGAUAAGCGUCAAGGCGACAGGGAUGAGACGGACAGAGAAAGGGGUCGCGAUAAGGAGAGAGAAAAGGAUCGUGAGAAGCCUUUGAAGGAACGAGAGAGAGAUCACAGACGGCAUAAAGAUAAGAAGGAAGAGGAGCCUGAGGCUGAUCCUGAGCGUGACCAGAGAACAGUAUUUGCUUAUCAGAUUAAUCUAAAAGCAGAUGAAAGAGAUGUUUAUGAAUUCUUCUCAAGGGCUGGCAAGGUGCGAGAUGUACGCCUAAUUAUGGAUAGGAUCUCAAGGCGAUCCAAAGGGGUUGGGUACAUUGAGUUCUAUGAUGCAAUGUCUGUCCCUAUGGCUAUAGCAUUGUCUGGUCAGCCUCUUCUUGGGAUACCAGUGAUGGUGAAACCAUCAGAAGCUGAAAAGAAUUUAGUUCAAUCGACUGCUGCUGCUGCUGCUGCUGCUGCUGCAGCUGCUGCAUCAGGGGGUUCAAUAGGUCCAUAUUCAGGCGGUGCCAGAAGGCUUUAUGUUGGCAACCUUCAUUCCAAUUUGACAUCAGAUCAGCUCAAAAAGAUCUUUGAACCAUUUGGUGAGGUUGAGCUGGUGCAGUUGCCGCUUGAUGAAACUGGAAAUUGUAAAGGAUUUGGUUUCGUUCAGUUUGUACGCCUGGAGGAUGCCCGGAAUGCGCUGAGUUUAAAUGGAUUAGAGAUUGCUGGUCGCACUAUCAAGGUGUCAGCCGUUACUGAUCAACCAGGAACGCAAGAUGUUGCUCCGACUUCUGGGGAUUUCGACGAUGAUGAUGGUGGUGGCUUGUCCUUAAAUGCAUCUUCCCGAGCCAUGCUCAUGAAGAAGUUGGACCGCAGUGGCACUGUAGCAAGCAUUACUGGUGUCAAUGAUGCCACUGCCGUUCUACCUUCAGGACCAACUGUUGGAACAUUGCCAGUGGUCCCAUUGGCAGUUGCUCCUCUGAUGCAGUCGGCUGUUCCUUCACUUGGUGGACUUCCUUUCACAGGCCUUCAGGUCCCUCCUGCUGCGGUUCCUACAAUUAAUUCAAUCGGUAUCCCGAGCGAAUGCUUAUUGUUGAAGAAUAUGUUCGAUCCAACUUUAGAGACGGAGCCUGAUUUUGAUUUGGACAUCAAGGACGACGUCCAGGAAGAAUCCUCUAAGUACGGCAAACUCAAGCACAUUUACGUGGACAAGAAUAGCGCGGGGUUUGUUUACUUGCGGUUUGAGAAUGCCCAAUCUGCAAUUAGUGCCCAGCGUGCUCUGCACGGUAGAUGGUUCGCUGGGAAGAUGAUCACCGCGACAUUCAUGGUUCCCGAAACCUACGAGAGCGAAUUCCCUGAGAGCAGGUAGCUAAAUGCCCUUCGAAACAUGAAACCCCGACCAAAUAUCCCCUGAGGAUUUCUCGAAUCUACGUACAAUCACUUAUUUUCACUGGGACUAUGUAAAAUUGCUAUGGGAAAUAGAAUCUUGGUUGCAUUUGGUUGGUCAUCCUUGUGCAACAUUUUUGUAUUCAUGUCCUUUUCGGUUCUCGGUGGUGCAAUGAAUCGGUUUGGGAAAAGGAUCUGAUGCAACUGUUCUCUCUCCAGUCUCGUCAAAACUAGUUGAUUUUUGCCAUAAGAUAAUAGAAUCCGGUAAGGGCCUGAUUGCAGAAUAGCCCUUGCUCUGCAGUAGUUCCCUACGCUCAGUAACUGGCGUGUUUAUGUCAUGGGCAAGAAGUUGGUUGUUGUCCACGACUUUCUGUGCAAAACAGAUAGUUGUCUGUUGAUGCAAUUCGACCGUAUGGACUGCAGAGGAGGUUCUCGCCCCGGUUUACUUCUAUCUCCUCCAUGGUUUCCUGGAAGUAUCUCAAUCCAAUGGAAAGGCUAAGUUUUAUGUAGACACUACAUAUUGAUAUUGAAAGGAUUGGGAAUAUCAAUCUUAGAUUUUGCUGUUUGCCAAA